GCUUCUCAUCCACUCUUUUCUUCAACUGUGCAGAGGGAUAUAAAUAGCCUUUAAUCAAACUCCCAGCAUUGCCAGCAUACUCUGAUUAAUUUUGCUAUUCUCCUCACUUCAUUUUCUUCAUUUCUUGUUUUUGCAACCAUGAUUGACUCUACAUUGGAUUUGAUCAGCCAAGCUGUUUCCAACAAUCUUUAUGUUUUCUGUCUCUUCAAUUUGAUCAUCGUCAUGAUCCUCAUGGGUUCAAAGCAUGGUUCCAGCUUGGACCAAGAUUUUGAAAUUCCUCUCUCAGCACCUACAUAUGAUAAGCAAUCAAUCAGCGUAAGUGAACAAGUGAAGAAUGCAAACAGAUUGUGGAGUGCCUAUGAGACAGCUAAGGAUGACAACAAAGGGAACAGAAAUGGUUUUGAUGCCAACAAUACCGAGGAUGCGGAUGAAGAUGAUGAUGAGCUAAGGAGAAGAGUGGAAGAAUUUAUUGCCAAGGUCAACAGAGAAUGGAGAGCAGAAAAGUUAGGGCUGUCUUUUUCAGCUUAGGCGUACAUCUGAAUCAAGGCUGCCAAAGCCUUCUGUUCGAUAUACAUAAAUACUAUGAAAAUUUCCAGUUUUCUUCUGGUGGUCAUGACUGAGUCUUCUUUUUAGUGAUGGGUCAUGGUUAGGAUAAAGCGGUCUUUUGAACUGUUCUUAAUCCUAAUUCAAUCAAAUGAUAAAAUAUCCAGAUUGAUAAUGGGGACUUUGUUAUCUUGAUGCUGUGAGUUGAUGAGCCCUAGAUUUUUUUUCUUUUCUCUUUUGUGGAACAUAAUCUUCUGCGAGCAUUGACGUAGUUAGGUUGUCCUUAGGAGUUACUAGUAAGUUUUUUUUUAUAUAUAUAUAAUUUAAAGGCAAAGAAUA